CUGGCAAAGCACGGCCCCGCUGAGCCCCGCAGUGCCCUGCACAACACAGCAGAGGUGGUGCCGAUGCCCGCGGCGCUGUGUGCUGCAGAUACGAAACUCAGCAACCGUUGCGAAACAUGGAAAUCCCGCACGGCAGCCGCUUCCUUCCAGCGCUCCUUGAAAACGCGUCGCUCAGCAGCCGAGCUCAGAGCACCCUGAAGGCAGCGGGAGGAGCAGAAGCACAGCACUGCAGCCUGCCUUCACCCUCAGGUUUCACACUGGGCACAGAGAUGGCGUUUGUUCCCGACCUGGACGCGCCGGAGAGCAGCAGCCUCAGCGAGGAGACUUUCUACGGCCCCUCCUGCCUCUGCCUUCAGAAGGUACGGAUGGCAGAGUGCGGUGGCUCGGUGGCACGGUGCCCUGGCAGCGCACAGUGCUCAGCCGCAGCCCUCUGCCUGCAGAAGCCUCACCUGGAUUCUGAGCACACGGCUGUGGGUGUGCAGGUGUCAGUGAGAAAGGGACGCCGGAGCUUCCGGCAGGCUGCCGUGCUGGUGGUGGCCAUGACCAAACUGCUGCGGAGGCCAAAGCACAGGGACUUUGCUGACAGCGACUUGAGCGUGCUCCUGGAGGAGGUUUUUGAGCCCGUCACCUUCCAGCGGCUGCAGAGCAGCUACGCCGGGGUGCCCGCCUUCCGCUACACCCGCUCGCAGUCCUUUGACAUCUUCGACAUCAACCAGAAGUGCUUCGUGCUGGAGUCGCCCACACAGCUGGUGGCCUUGCACCUCCAGGGGCCCUCCUCCAGCCAGAAAGUGAGGCUCAACAUUGCGCUAUAUCGGCCCCGAGGCCCACGGGGCAGCGCUGGAGCUGGGCAGACACCAGUGGCACUGGGCAUCAAGGGCUACAAGCUCUACAUGUCGUGCGUGCUGAGCGGCGCCGAGCCCACGCUGCAGCUGGAGGAAGCCGACGUCACGCGGGACAUCGACAGCGCCGAGCUGACCCGCUUCAUCUUCUACCGCCUGGACAGCCCGGCCGAGGGCACCACGCGCUUCGAGUCGGCCGCCUUCCCUGGUUGGUUCAUCUGCACCUCCCUGCAGCCCCGGCAGCCCGUGGGCAUCACCAACCGACCCGACCAGGUCAACGUUGCCACCUACAAGCUGAGCGGGCACUGACUGCCCACCCCAACCCAAACCGGCCCGUUGCUGGUUUCCAUGCUGUAUGUACCGAGUACAAGCCCUGCUGCCCUGCCACGCUGUUCCACGUGGAAUAGCCGCUCUGGGCCCCGUGGGCCCGAGUCACACAUUGUUUAUGUUUCGUUACCGUCCUGUUGCUUUUAACUUAUAUUUUUUUACCGUAAUUAUGAUGGAUUUUGUUUCACCCCCCCUUCUUGGGGUGAAGGUAUUUAUUGUGAGAUUGGAGAAAUAAAAGCUUCC